AUUUAUAUUUUAUUCUUCACAUUGUAUCAGUACUAAGCACAUAUCUCAGUGAAUUUUCUGUUGUUAAUUUGCUGAAUAACAGAUGAAGAAGAGGCAGAACAACAGGUACAAAGUGUUGUGCUAAAAUUUAUAACAAUCAGAAGAAAAAAAAUAUUAUUGAAUGCAGCAGAAAAAAAAUAUCUUUUUAUACAUUUUGUAAAAAGCCUUGUAAGCGUUACGGGGUUCGUUUUCCACACUAUUUAAGCAAAUGUUAUUCUGUUAACACUUUGUGAUUAUUUAAAUCUAGCAGAAAGCAGCAGCUGUGAAAAUGUGCGAUUCUGUGAAGGAUAUUCGCACAAUUGUGGGAAAUCUUCUGCCUUUAGAGCGCAUUAACCAGAGUAAUUGGGAAGCUGCCUUACACGAUUUGAAAACUUUAAGAAAUUUAUGCGCUUGUGGCGCCGACUGCCAAAUAGAAAUUAUUGGAGACAAAAACUUACAAGAAUACCUAAGACUUCUACUAUUUUCUGAGAAGGAACUGCACAGUAAUAAUGACUUUUACAAGCGUUUACAAUUAAUGGCAUGGCAGUUAAUGGCCAACAGCAUAGUUAACAAUAGAAAGAGUCAGGAACUUUUAUGGCAGUUAUAUGGCGACUAUAUUCUUCAGCAAUGCAGUAACAAAAGGCAGCCUUUAGAUUCUAGCACUGAUAUACGUUUAAUGAUUAUAUAUAAUAUCUUGAAAUUAUCAUUACCCGACAUAGUUUUAAGUAGAGGGAAGAUCCUAAAAGCUUGUGUCGCCAUAUGGCAAAACAUGAUAGAACAAAAAAGUUCCUUACCUAUUGAGUUCUUACAUUUUAUAUUGGAAGAUUUUUUAGUAACGGAUGCACGGUCUACAGUAAGAUUUUAUUCUCAGCUGGAUGUCGAAGACCGUCUAUCUUUUUUAGAUUAUCUGCACAAUUAUCUGAAACAAGACAGUCCGAAUGGUUUAGUUCACACUUUUCUCUUGCAAGAUCUAUCGAAGCAAUUUAAAAUGAAGUCCGAUUGCUUACUACGAGUAUCAUCUAUACAAGAGGUCGAUAAUAUAAAACCUCAAGAAGUCUACAAUCUACUGAAAUGCAUUGCCUCUGCUACUGGCUCGGAGAAUUACGCAGAAUUCUACAGUAUCGAUCAUUCAUUGUUUUUAAAUAUCAGCAGUUUAUUAAGGGCACUGGCAACUCUUAGCAAAGAACGUUCAAAUGAUUUAUAUAAACCUCUUAACAAAUUGGAAGAAGUGGCACCGUCUUCAAAGGUAUCGCGUGAGUAUCAAUGCGAAAUUACGUAUGAAUUGAAAACCUUGCUAGUGCGAUGUAUCGCGAAUUUAUUAUACAAAAAUUCAACCAAUCAGACUUAUUGCCGCGACACACAGUUAAUGCCCGUUUUAUUGGAAUGCACUAAUACGGAUGCCCGUAAUCCUUUGAUAAAAGAAUGGAGUGUAUUGGCUAUACGUAACGCCUGCCUAGGUUGUCCUGAAAUACAAGAAAUCAUAGCAAAUUUAACGCAAAAGGGACCUGCAUCAAAUGAUAUUUUAAAAGAAUUGAAUUUAGAAAUGGGCUCUUUAAGAAUAAGUCCCGGAAAAGAUUAAUUAAUAAAAGCUU